GCAUUACCGCUGUUCAGGCCGUGACGUGCUCACAUCCAACUAUCGUUGAGAGAUGCACGACGGGAAAUGGGAGCGGGCGAUGUGUGUUGUGGGCACCACCGGAUGUAUAGUUUGUAUAAAUAACGCGCCUCUACCAUGCCUCUCGAUGACAUUUGGGACGCGCCGGUCGUGUCCCCCGCAAAGGCAACAUCAACCAAGGAUGCAUCAAGCCCGGUAAAGAGACCGCGCCAGUCUCUUUUUAUCUCUGACUCGGAGAGUGACUACGAACGACCACCGAAACGCGCCACGCAAGCACCAGCCCCAGACCCCGACAUCGAAGCGUUGUUCGCCGAUAUCGACGAGAAUGCAGCAGACAAGGCUAAUAAUGACGAGGAGGAGGAUCUCACAUAUAAGCCGCUGGCUUCUGCGUUGGACAUUGCAAAGCUGUCUCGCGAAGCUGAAGCAAGACAUGCACGCGAGAGGCGGACGAAAAUACCCGCAAGCAGUCCACCUCCACCAGACGUUCCUGCUGGGAAAGGCGCCAAGACUAAAGGGGGUGAUGGGAAAGGAAAGGGCGGGGAAGAUGAGGAAAAGAAGGAGCGAAGGCGACCAUUAUAUCUAGAUGAGGAGAGAUUGAUUGGACCAAGUGGACUUCCUCAGCUUAUCAAAGACUUGAAGGGAUUCAAGCCUAAGGGAAAGACUCACGAGCACUCGGAUCUCAACCGCCUGUUACAAGUCUACCAGUUCUGGGCGCACAGAAUGUACCCAAAGACUCCGUUCAGAGACACAAUCAACCGAGUCGAGAAACUGUGUCACUCCAAGCGUAUGCAGGUCCGCCUUAGCGUGUGGCGCGACGAGAGUAAAGGCUUAGUCAAUGGCAGAAAGCUGGAGCCCGAAGAUCAAGAGUUGAUCGACCUUACCGAGGGCGAUUCGAAGGCGGCCAAGCACGAUAUACAAGAAGAUGGGAACGACGAAUUGUUGCCCUCACGGGCGCUUUCUUUACCCCCGACAUCUUCUGAGCCGGACGAUGAUGACUUUGACAUGGAUGCUGUGAUCAAGGCAGAGGAGGAACGGCUUGCUGCUUUACGCGCGGCCAACGACGCCACAUCAAUCUCCACACCCGCGUCACCCAAGCCCUCGCCCAGUAAAUACAAAGAACGAGACCACACGGACAACAUAGACAAAGAGGCAAUGUGGGCCGAGCUCGGCAACCAACCGGUCCUCGAUCGUCCGUCAAACAACGCAGCCAAAGCUCCCAUAAUUAAUCUUACCCGUGAUGAAGACGAGGAUAUGUGGGACAUCGUCAAUGAACUGGACCAGGGGGAACAAAUACAGCAGGCGAAGAGUGGAUCGAGCUCUAUGUGCAUGGAAAUGCCCUUAUCUUCUGUCGUUUCUGCUUCCCCGACGAAAGAAAGCAAUAGUGGAAAUGCAUCACGACCCACGAACGAUGAGGGUUGGGAGGAAAUGUAUUACGACGUCGUCUGAUACAUGUGCAUCUAAUACAUUACAACGCUGUGGAACAUCUUUCAGCAUAAGGUCAGGCUGUAGCGACGAGUCAGCCAUAAAAUCCACUUGCAGUGAGGAAGCAAAAAAAAAAAAAUCAGACAGAGAUUUGGCAA